AUGGCAGAAGAGAUGGUAGAAGGUGAAGAUUUAGAAAAGGGGGUGGAGAGCGAGGAAACCACCAGUCCAAAGAAGAAUGACGCCGCAACAGACAAUCUCCCAACAUUUGAUACAGAAUUACCUCAUGUUACCAUGGUUCACGGUAUUGACAUGACAGGGUUAGUACGAGAGAAAAGAAUAUCUGUCCCUCCAAGCAGCUCUGACGAUACUGGUACGAAAGUUGCAAGGCGUUCACCAAGGGCGAAAGGACCCCAGCCUGAUGCAACAUCGCCAGUUCUCCCCGGUGUUUUUUCUAGUAAUAAAGCUUCUCGAAAAAACACUUCUUCAGCGUUGCUAAAAGAUGAAGAAGCGAGAAUGAGCGACAACGAAGGGAGAUUCAAUCGAAUCCCUGGUGCCCAUCGGUCAUUCGAACAAACCUCCAGGGAGUCGCGAAAAACACAAAGGAGUACUAAUGCAACUCGAGGCAGUGACUCUUCUGGAGGUGGAAAUGAGGUAGGUGCGCAACGGAUUUCAAGUGGAACAACAGUCUCGCGGGAAGAACGAAAAACACAAAGAAAUACCAAUGCAAGUCGAGCCGGUGGUUCUACUGCGGGUGGAAAUGAGUUGGGUGCUCAAAGUGUAUCAAGUGGAACAACAGCGGCACUCUCGAGGGAAAAGCGAAAAACACAAAGGAAUACAACUGCAACUCGUGGCAUCAGUACUGCUGGAAGUGAAGAUGAAGAUGCUCCGGGGGCCCAUCGGGUUUCAAGUGGAAUAGCACCCACGAGGCAGGAACCAAGAACUAUCGGACAUAGCAGGCAUACGAACUCGACUCAAGACAACACUGCAACUUCCUCUGAAGUUAUGAGUACAGAUUCAGGAUCGUCUUUUUGGUCUCCACCGAGUCGCGAGGCAGUGGAAACUGCUCCACUAGAUCACGAAUCAGAUGGAAAUGUGGCUGGUCGAAGUUCCGUUCCGGAGCUUGAGGCUGAGGCUGUGGACGACACUGAAGUUGAACGUCUCCGUCAAGAAAACCAAGCUAUCAAAGCAAAACAGCGACAGCAGGGCGAUAUUGCACUUGUGGUUGCAGAAGAUGCAACAGAACCGAAUUACACGCGUCAAAUUAUAUUAUGCGCUGUGUGUCUCAUGAUUGUCAUUGCCGGAUCGGUAACUGGGUCUGUGAUCUAUGAAAAUUCUCUGGACCCAACGUGCACAGAUUUGCCUGCAAAAGAAAUUUUGCUCUCUGAUGUUUCGAAGUUGCACGAGGAAGCAUUUGCUUGGAUCUCUAAGAAUGACACCUGGUUGCCUUCUAUUGACUGCGCUGAUGCAUCUGACUUCUUCCUGGAGAGGUAUGCACUUGCGGUUCUCUACUUUGACACACAGGGACAAAAUUGGUUUACCAAUAACGAAGGAUGGCUAGAAGCUAGAUCUGUUUGUCAAUGGCAACAGAUUGUUUGUGACAAUGCUCAGCAUGUGAUCGAGAUCGACUCUGUGGAAAAGAACUUUGUCGGAACGAUACCGACAGAGUUGGGUUUGUUGACAAGCCUUACACGUAUUAACUUUGAUCUCAACAAAUUGACCGGAACCUUGCCCACAGAGAUUGGAAGGUGGACUGCUUUAAAAGGCUUUUUCUUUGCUAAAAACAAUCUAAGCGGACCCAUCCCGACCACCGUUGGUCUCAUAACAUCAUUAACGCGACUAAACCUCAUCGAGAAUCGUCUCAGUGGAACGAUUCCGACCGAGUUUGGUUUGUUGACAGCAGCAACAAGACUUAUCAUGCACGACAAUAACUACACUGGGCCUUUACCAUCGGAGGUUGGCCAACUGACUUCGCUGAAUCGCCUCGAAUUCUUCAAAAAUUCGCUAUCAGGUCAACUACCCUCGGAGGUUGGCAGGCUAAGUGAUUUGGAGAGACUUCUUUUAUUCAAAAAUGCUUUUUCAGGAUCUCUUCCCUCGGAGAUUGGACUUCUUGCUGGCAUGAUUCGAGUCGAAUUAUAUGACAAUUCUUUUUCUGGAACACUUCCAUCUCAAGUUGGCGAAUUGACACAAAUGACACGCCUUGAUCUACACAAUAACUCCAUGGUUGGUAGUUUGCCAACCGACCUCCUGCGUGUUUCGACAUUGAGAGAAUUCAUGAUCGCAAAUAAUGAAUUCACUGGGUCUAUCCCGCCCUUAUCAUACAACAAGGAGAUAUGUGAGCUGGCGCCGCUGGGAGAAACUGGCAAUUGUUUUUCAAACUUGGCCAAUCGCCAAGACUGUGAAAUUGAGGGCAAUUGUCCAGCUUUGGAUAUGGAAAUACUUCUCGCCGAUUAUGCACCGCUCAAUGAAAGAGCUGUGGCAUGGCUUAGAAAUGAUACGUGGGCACCUCCACAUUGGUCGACUGACCGUAAGACAUACUACCUACAGCGCUAUGUGCUUGCUAGCCUCUACUUUGACACAGAUGGCGACAACUGGUUCAACGAAGGAAACUGGAUGGGAUCGCUAUCGGUAUGCGAUUGGCAUCGGAUCUUGUGCAACACGAUGGAACAUGUUGUGUUUGUUGACCUUGUCGCAAGUAAUCUACGUGGGUCCAUACCUACUGCCUUGGGAAUGUUGCAAACACUUACGCGGUUGAACCUGGACAACAAUGAACUGGUAGGAACAAUACCCUCUGAGCUGGGAAUGCUCAACAAUGUCACGGGCAUGUUUAUGCACGGUAACAAGUUGGCUGGAACGAUCCCCACUCAGCUGGGAGCCUUGACAGCAUUGACGCGCCUCAAUCUUGCUCGAAACAAGGGCCUCAGUGGCACAUUGCCCACUGAAUUUGGGAUGUUGACAUCAUGUACCAGGAUUAUGUUAUUCUCUAACAGUCUCUCGGGUACCAUUCCGACCAACAUUUUAGCACUGUCUCAUCUGAAGCAGCUUGAGUUAAAUAACAACUCUUUCACAGGGCCGCUUCCAGAGGGUAUUGAGAGCUUGACAAGCCUCACAUCGCUGGACGUUGGCAACAAUAGGCUUUAUGGUUCCGUUCCUUUCUUGCCUAUUCACCUAAAAACUUGCGAACUAGCACCAGUUGGUGAGACCGGUAACUGCUUCUGCACUGAGGCAAAUAGUACAACGGGAUGCAACGUCGAAGGGAAUUGUCCUAGCAGGCAUUUGAAUGGAACAAUUGGAUGCAACAUUGGAGGCAAUACUACCACUGGUGUCAAUUCUACAAUUGGAUGUAACAUUGGAGGCAAUUGUACCACCAGUUUCAAUACUACAAUUGGAUGUGAUAUUGGAGUCAAUUGUACGACUAUCCUAAACAGUACAGUUGGGUGUAACGUCAGUGGAAAUUGUACAAUGGGUUUGAAUACUACUAUUGGAUGUGACAUCCCAGUAAAUUGUACCACUGGCUUGAAUUCUCAAGUUGUAUGUUUAUGUGACAGGAGCAAAUAG